AUGAACAAGUAUGUCUGUGCGCGAUGUCGGCUUCAAGUGCUGAGCAAUUGGUCGCCCCCUACGCCUCGCACCCGACUGACUGCCUCCAUCUGCACCAACCAACAUAAUCAACGAGGCCUCAUAACUGGACGACUUUUACACACCAAGCAGUCGCAGAGGGCUGCUGUCAGUACUGCAGCGUCCUACGAGCCUCCAAGUCCAACUGCCGAUGUCCUCACAUCCUCCAAAUCAGGCCUUCAAUAUGAAGAUCCCCUCAACGGCACACCGUUCAUCCGUGACCAUUUGCGGGCAUGGAUGACCGAUUUUAGACAAAAUGAAGAGGCUGAGCGGGCCGACACAAUACCGGAAAGAGGGAGAAUCUACAAGUUGCCUGAUUCACUUUUCGUCAAUCAGCUCGAACCUGAAUAUGAGUCGGAACAGGUUGAGGACGACCUCGCUGAUUUCAAUGCGAUGGUCGAGGGCAAUGCUAGGAACCAGAUGGAACCGGGUGACUUAUGUCAACUGAAGCCACCACACGCUCGUCGGCAGCUGGCUGUCUUCAUCGGACAAGCAGGACUCCAACUUCUAUAUCUACUGACCAAUGGUCGAUACUGUCAGAUUCGGCCUGCCAUGCAGGAUAGCAUCACCAUACCUGCGUUCGCGUCUCAAGAAGAAGUUGCAGCUGUUCGAGAGCAGCUACCGAAGCAACAUAUCCUCAGAGAUGCUAGCAGUGAAAUGCCAGUAAUUGGUGAUUUUCUAGGAGAAUUGCCGACAAAGGCUAGAGACAAGGGUUUGCCAGUUGUGCAGAGGUUACAGGAGUUCGACAGGGAGGUUCUCGAAUUCCGUCGCCUUCACACAGAGUUCCUAGACUCCCUUUAUGAGCGCCUCGCGGAAGAGGACAGGUUUGUUCGCAUACCCUUUGAGCAUUUCGUACAAAAUCUGUUGGGUCCGAAGGCGAGUCAGAUCUCCGAUGCUGGCCGAAUGGCCAUCUUCCUCAUGGCUCAACGAAACCCUACCAAGAUACUUCUCUGGCAGCUUGGGCGAAACCUCAACCUGCAUGUUCUACUUGGCCCCAAGGAGAUGGUGAGACGGUUCUCGAGUGUGGUGGAAUGGGCUCGCGAGUAUCAAGAGACUGCUGCUUUGGCUUCAAAAGGCCGCGAUGUUCGAGGCCUUCUACAGGAGAAUCCUGUCAGCAAGUUCAUCAACAAGGCCAGAAAGAUUAUUUUGGCUAGCCGGAAAUUGCGUUCGCCAACUACAAUUGGCUGUCUAGGCCCGAGCCAGCAGAAUGCUGAAGACCAAGGGAAGGUCGUUGCUCGAAGCUCCGGAGAAGAGUUCACAGAGUCGGACCGAAGUAUUCUGGAUUUCAUUCACGAUACCUACAUCCGUCAGCCAGGUUCGAAGUCCAUGACGAAGCAUCAUGCCAUCGCAUCUUUGAUUCUCAGAGCUAUUGGUGCUUAUCCAAAGAUGGCACUAGAAGACAACAUCGGUCGAUUGCUGCUUCAAGAACUGGGCGCCAUGCCUCCAUGGGCUGAGGCAGCCGAUGACGAUGUGACAUUUCCCAUUCCCGGUCGCAGAGGAGCUCAUCAGGUCACUGAGAAGCUCGCCGAAGCAGAGAAGCUUGCAAAAGAGCUUGGUUUCGGGCGCGGAGCGCAGAAAUUGCCUUUGUCAGACAGUAUGGCACACCUUCGAAAAGACCUGGGCUCCAUGGAGGUCUUCGUCAUCGACAAACUAGGUACUGAUGUCUUCGAUGAUGGCAUCUCGUUUGAACCCAGCACGGAAAGACCCGGCUGUCACUGGGUCCAUGUACAUGUUGCCCACCCAUCUGCUUUCAUUGGCAAAGACACCAUCUUUGGCCAACUUGCCAAAGCACAAGGAUCGUCUUGGUAUACUACCAAGGUCUCUUAUCCAAUGCUUCCUGCUGCAGUAGGACAGUCAAUGAGUCUGGCGCCUGGCGCAGCGGCUCUGACCACCAGCACGCUGCUCGAUGCGAAUGGUGAUGUCGUUGACAUCAAGCUUCAACCUACGACAAUACACAAUAUCAUACACCUGCAGCCCGAAGCAGUUGAUAACCUCCUCGGUCAGCCCGAACGCGAUAUGGCCGUCCUAAUCGUCGGUUCUGAUCCAUCCAUCUCAGUCCGAGAGCCUGCUGAGGCUCAACAGCAGGCCCUCCAUGCAGCGGCACCAUACAAGUCAAAACUUGAACAAUGUCUGAAUGUUCUUAGAUCUAGACAAAGAAGGAGGAACGAGGAACAAGUUGAGACCAUAGAUUAUCUGCUGGAAGAACGCAAGGGUACAUGUAAGGUCAGCUCUCUUGAUGCCCAUCAACCAUCCCGGCUACACGAGAGUCUUCAUUAUAUUGGCGACCCGACCAUCAAGCUACAGGCCCCCAAACGUCCGCCACGUGGUCGAUGGAGUGAGUUCACCGAAGUACAGAGUAUCGUCUCACAGAGUAUGAUUCUGGCGGGCGAGUCCUUUGGCAAAUGGUUCCAGGAUCGUGAGCUACCGGCAAUUUAUGCCGGAUCUCAGACUGAUCCAGCCUUUCCCAUAUCGAAACUCAACGCAGCCGGCUGGAGUGAUCCGAUCAUCGCCCCUAAGGCGGUGGAACGGGCUGAGCCUGUACGGCACGUGUCGAUGGCGGUCCCACAAUAUAUCCGAUCCACAAGCCCGCUUCGCCGGUUCGGCGACCUUCUCGCGCAAUGGAACGCAGAUGCUUAUCUUCGAGCCGAAGCCGAAGGGCUCAUAAAAGCAGGUCAGCCUCCGCCUGCGGGGUUCAGACUUCCCUAUGAAAAACCCGAGAUUAACGAUUACAUCAAGAACGACUCGUGGAUCACGAAGGCUGGUCGAAGCCUGGAUCAGGAUUCGUACGCGCACUGGGCUUUCCAAGCACUGUUCCGAGCGUUUCACUUCAAAGAAGCGCAACUGCCUGAGAUCUGGGACGCGCAAGUGCGCAGUGACCUGCCGUCCAGUGCCACCAUAGCGAACCUCACGGAGAUGACUGGCACGCUGUAUCCAUUCUGUCACAAGGUGCGCUUCAUGCGCAGCGCCGAGCAAUGGGAGAAGAAAGCCAAACGAGGCCAAUUCCUCCCGGUCAGGAUCGACAUGGUGGACGCGACGAAUGGGUGCGUCUACGUGAUGGCGGUGGGCUCGCCGAGUGACGAGAUGACGCAGGCGGACGAUAAGGAGGGCAGUGCGGUGUAUCUGGGCAGGGCUCGGCAGCAGGCGAUCGAGCAGGCAGAGCGAGAAGAGGCUCGGUCGCGCAGGCAAGCGGCGCUGGUGACGGCGUCAGCGGCUUGA